AUGUCCAUUCUUUUGAAACAAAUUCAAAAAGGAAAAAGGUUCCUACAGAUAUUCCUUUCCACGGAAUCGGACAGUUACCGCAGAUUGGCAGGCGCCAUCCCCAGAGAAACGAUCGAAGCUCAUGCCAAGAGAGUUGCUGAAGAGCUUCACCAGCUUCCACCAUCUACGACCACAGCACAGAUGAGAACCAUGUUUCACACGAGCCCGGAGGAUGAGUCGGAGCACAUUACACUUGACGGCUACGAUGCGAAUGGCAAUCAUACAAAGACCAUUCACGUAGCCAAGGACAAAAACCAGCAAAAAACCUAUCGGUAG